AUGUUGACUAAGAUUCCACUCAGGCCUCUAUCUGGAUUCCUCUUUAAUAAUAUUCAGAAGCGAUUUAUUGUUAAAUCCAUGGAGACUGCCGAUGAGUACAAGUCUAUGAUUUUACAGGAUAAAAUGGUUCUGGCCAAGUUUAGUGCGUCUUGGUGUAAGCCUUGUCAGAAGGCCAAGCCCGUCGUCGAGGAGCUGAGCAACGAACUCACGAGUUUAAAUUUUAUAGAAGUGGACGUCGAUAAUUUGCCUCAAAUUGCUGAUGAGGAGGGCGUUAAAACCAUUCCCUUUUUCAAGUUAUUCAAGGGCGGGAAGCUUCUGGACGAAGUCACAGGUUCGGUUAAUUUUAGUCAUUUAGACACAUCCAUUUUAGGUUGUGACAAGUCACAGCUGCGGGAUCUGAUUUCCAAACACAAUAACUCGUGA